AUGCUGAAACGAUGUGUCCCAUGUCGAUUUUACCAUGCAUUCCAACCUAGGAAGAUAUCUAGAGACAUUAUUGAAACAUUACCUAGCCAUGAAUUGCUACAGCACCUGGGAUUCCUAAGGCAGACCCAGAGUGGGCUGGUGAAUUGGCUACCAAUUGGACUUCGUUCAUUGAACAAGAUCGAAAAUAUAGUUCGAAAUCGAAUGAACGGGGCAGCAGACGCCAUGGAGGUUCAGUUGAGCACCAUGUCUCCGAAGAAUUUAUGGGAGACCACGGGUCGUUGGUCCAACACUGAACUAUUCAAACUAAGGGACGCUAGGAAAGCUGAAUUCUGUCUAACUCCGACCUGUGAGGAAGAUAUUACCAAUCUUAUGAAAAAUUAUAUCUCAACUUACAAAGAUAUGCCGUUAUUGGUAUAUCAAAUUACAAAGAAGUACCGUGAUGAGCUGAGACCUAGGGGAGGUCUGUUAAGAGGCCGUGAAUUUCUCAUGAAAGACGCUUAUUCGUUUACGGGUAACAAGGAAGAUGCGCUAAAGAUGUUUGCUCAAAUGAAUGCUGUUUAUGAAAUGAUCUUCACAGAUCUGGGAAUACCAUUCGUUAGCGCCUGGGCUGACAGCGGAGAUAUUGGCGGUGACUUGAGCAAAGAAUAUCAUUACAUACAUUCAUCUGGAGAAGAUACGCUACUGACGUGCGACCACUGUGGGACGUCCUCCAAUAUUGAAAAAUGCGAAUCGUUCCCUCAGGAAGGCAAUACACAUAUGGGGGAAGUUAACGUGAAAUAUGCUUUGAACAAGGCGCGCGACACUCUUAUAUGCUUUUAUUAUCCAAAGGAUCGCUCAUUGAACUGGAACCUCGCAAUAGAGGCCGCUGGGCACGAUGUAGACGGCUCAAUGAGAGACAAGAGAGAAGACGAAGUGUUGAAAAUAUUCCGGGAGUCUAAUGAAGACUUAAUUUUUUCUCGAAUCCUUAGAAUUAUGGAUUGUCGUUUGAAUUCGAGAUCUAACUUCCCUGAUUUCCCGCUGCGACAAUAUCUAAAGAGCAAUUUCGGACAGAUCGACGACGUUUCCAUAGUGGAGGCCCGCGAAGGCGAGAUCUGUGGUCUAUGCAGUGAGGGACUUCUUAAGGCUAAUAAGACUAUUGAAGUUGGCCAUACUUUCCAUCUUGGGACCAAAUACAGUCAGGCCCUGGAGGCACAAUUUACUGAUCGAGAAAAUAAGAGCUCUGCGAUUGAAAUGGGAUGUUACGGCAUCGGAGUAAGUAGACUGCUUGGUGCCAUUGGCGAAAUCACUAGGGACAAGCACGGGUUCAGAUGGCCUUCCAGGGUAGCACCCUACCAAGCAUCGAUCUGCGUGGCUCCAGGAAACAACGAAAUCAAGCAGCGGAUUAAACAAGAAAUACAGGAGACCAUGGGCAGUGAAGUUAUGGACAAAUUCAGCGAGAAAGUAGGACUUGGCGCCCGAAUUAGCUACUCACAUGCCAUUGGUAUCCCGUUAUGUAUCAUCGCGGGUCCAAAAAAUUGGCCUAACGUCGAGAUCGAGGUGAGAGGUAAGAACUGGUUUAACGAUGAUACCCCUAGUUGGAGGGAAGCGCAUAAGGAACUCCGAAACGCCCUACAAUGGCAAGUCAUCGAGGGCGAUUCCAAGCCGGAAAAACACAUCGUUCCGAUAGAACAUCUUUCAAGAGUCAUAACACUUCUUUUCGAAGACCUUUGA